AUGCCCUUGGACGAGGAGAGCCUGGGUUAUGAGAUUAUCGCCUGGAGGAUUAUCUCGUCCACCAAAGUUUCGGAUCGUGUCGAGAGAAUCGUUGCGAGUCUCAGCCAGGAUGCCCAGGUCGAUGAGAAAGCGAAGCUCCUCUAUCUCACAGCACAUGCGAAAGCAACAACAAAGCUUAUCACGGUAGUCGAGAUAGCAAAGCGACAGCUUGUACUUGUUGGGGCAAGAUGCUACCAAUAUACUGCGCUCUCGUCUCAGAUAGUCGAGAUACCUCGACAGAAGCAGACCGUCGACAGAACCAUCAAGGGCGAUGCUCAUGAAGUAACCUCAGAUCCAGAAGAUGCCGCUUUCGAAGUCAUGGGUCAGCCUGGUGGCGAUACAAAGCAGCGGAACGUCCCUAUCAUGAAAAUAUAUUUGUCGCAAAAGCCUGUUAAGGAGCUUCGUGCGGAGUAUGGGGAGCAGAGAGUGACAUGA